AUGGGCUCAUACUUGUCACAAAGAAAAAAAAAGAGAAAUUAUGAAUCCAAAGCUGACAAAGUAGACAAACUUGAUAAAGCAGAAGAAGCAAAAGAAGCUGACAAAGCAGAAGAAAUAGAAGAAGCUAAUAAAGCAAGAAGAAGCAGUAGAUAUAAAAAAGUAGAAAAAGUAGAAGGAGUGGUGGAAGCAAAAUGA